AUGGACUUGUGGAACUGGGAUGAAGCGUCUCCGCAGGAAGUGCCCCCAGGGAACAGGCUGUCAGGGCUGGACGGAGCUGAACUCGGCUUCUAUUUCCCCGAACUGGUGCUCCCAGGGGACGCGCUGACAGCGGAGCCCCGCUGGAAAGGCUCGCUCUUCUCCCUCGCAGGGCUCCCCCCGCCGGACUGGGGCUCCGCGUUACCGCACCCAGAAGCUCCGUGGGGAGCGGAGCCCGCCCCUCAGGAUCUUCCGUGGUCGGGAGACUGGACAGACCCGGCGUGCACUGGCUUGGACCCCUGGAGCCGCGUCUCCCAGGCCCUGGGCCCCGCCCCUCCCGGCCUGGGUCCCGCCCCCUGCGCUGCGGCGGCGGGGGCUGCGGGGGCUGCGGGGACUGCGGGCCAGAACUGUGCCACCUCCGCGGGAGGGACCCACCCGUGGUCCUGCGCCCAGGCGGCGGCCGGCUCCACCAACUGGGACUGUUCUAUUGGCCUCGACGGCCCCACCUACUGGGGCAAGGAACUCCCCGGGGGGCCCAGCGCGGACUCUACCAUUUCGUGGGGUGGGCCUGCGGGCUCAGACUGCACCACGUCCUGGGGCUGGGGGCUGCAGGCGGACUGCACCACCUCUUCAGAGGGGUACCAGACUUCAGAUCUCCCCUCGUCCUCCGAACCCAGCCAGCAGUCGGACCGCGUAACCUUGGCUUGUUACCCCAAAAGUAACCACCGAGGUCCCAUUCAGCUGUGGCAGUUCCUCCUGGAGCUGCUCCGAGACGGGCAGCGUAGCAACUGCAUCCGCUGGACCGGCAACAGCCGCGAGUUCCAGCUGUGUGACCCCAGAGAGGUGGCGCGGCUGUGGGGCGAGCGCAAGAGGAAGCCCGGCAUGAACUACGAGAAACUGAGCCGAGGUCUACGCUACUACUACCGCCGCGACAUCGUGCGCAAGAGCGGUGGGCGCAAGUACACGUACCGUUUUGGGGGCCGCGUGCCCGGCCUGGCCUGUCUGGACUGCGCGGGGGGUGGACCGGGAGGGGCGACCCAAUAA